AUGGCGACCAACUCGUCCCUGAUGGAUCCCAGUGGGGGGAUCAUGGACGGCCUCAACUCGACCUCUCACAGCGGCGCCCGUGCCCAGCCGGAGACAUGGCUUGCCACCCUCCAGGACUUUGACUUUUUGCUGCUCGAAACCAAGCUCGUCCUCAGCGCCGCAGGCAUUAUCUACGUCGGCGCGCACGCGGCGCUACGCCGCCCGCCAUCGGCAGCGCCACCCCGGGACGAGAAGGCCCGGCGCAAGACGGAAGAGGAAGACAAGCUGGCGCAGGGUCUGGAGAUGUCGGACGCCAUCCUCUUCCCCGUCAUGGCAAGCGUCGUCCUUGUGGGCCUGUACUACUUGAUCCAGUGGCUUAACGACCCGGCCAUCAUUAGCAAGGUCCUGCGCUGGUACAUGUCUAUCGUGUCAGUGGCCAGCCUGGUCACGCUUUAUGCGCACAGCGCAGACCUUCUCGCGGCGUUUGCGUUCCCGCGGUACUGGCGCGGGCACGACGGCGUGCUGCUCACGGCGGACCAGAGGACGCGCGUCAUCGUCCGGUGCGACGACGCCGGCAACGUGACCGCCGCGGCGCCGACGGCGGGGAGUAGCAAUCCAUUGCCGGGUGUGCUCGGUUGGCUUGCGCCGACGGAGAGGCUGCACCGAACGGCAUGGAACGUUAGGGCCACGUUCAAACGCGAGUGGCUGCUGCGGUUGUUCCUGCACGGCGUUGGGGAGGAGAAGGCGCACGUCAAGUUUGCGACGAUGAUGGCGCUACCGCUGGCAGCCGCGACCGCGGCCCUGUACUUCACCACGACAUCGCCACUGCUGUCUAACAUGCUGGGCUACGGCAUGUGCUACUGCUCGUUCCUCGUGCUGUCGCCGACCGACCUGCUCACAGGCUCGCUGAUGCUCGGGGGACUCUUCUUCUACGAUAUCUUCAUGGUUUUUUACACGCCGUACAUGGUUACGGUGGCGACGACCCUCGACGUCCCGAUCAAGCUGCAAUUCAAGGCCGCGCAGCGCCAGAGCAUCCUCGGGCUCGGUGACAUCGUCAUCCCCGGCAUGUUCGUCGCCUGGGCGCUCCGCGCAGACCUUUACUUCCACUACAAGCGCCUGGUCAAGUACGAGUCAACGGACCUGCGCAUUGUGGAGAAGGACGCGGCAUCCGGGGAGCUGGUGACGCGCAGCGAGACGAAGCAUCGCGAGGUCAAAGCGCCGUAUGUCGAGGUCAAGGGUACUUGGGGCGACUGGUUCUGGACGCGCCGGCUCAUGCACCUUCGCGCCGCGACGGUGGUGCCGCCGUCGGUCGCGGCGGGCACCUUUGGCAAGACGUACUUUUACGCGUCCAUGGUAGGCUACCUGCUCGGCAUGCUCGCCACGCUGGCGAUGCUGCUGGUGUUCAAACGCGGCCAGCCGGCGCUGCUGUACCUGGUCCCGAGCGUGCUGGGCGCGACGUAUGUCACGGCCGUGGCCCGCGGGGAGCUCAGGGAUCUGUUGCGGUACACGGAGGACGGCAGCCUCGACACGGUGGACGUGGUCGUGGAGCUGGACGCAGAUGGGAACCCAGUCAAGGCGCUUGGCAAGCUGGAGAAUGGGGUGGUGGACAUGACGAAGAAGGAGGGCAAGGACUCUGGUUCGAAGCAGGACUCUGCCUCGAAGGAAAUCAACGGUAGCGCCGAAGAAAAGGGGGAUGAGAAGAAGGCUGGUGGUGAAGGCAAGAAGGGAAAAAAUCACCACGUCUUUCUGUUUUCACUGGAAGCGCCCCCCGACGAUGGGGAGGCUUAG